AUGACCACCUUUUAUGAAUGCAGACGGUACGUGCAGAAUGGAUACUUAACGAUUGACUGGCACUUCUACGGUAUUCGUGCCAAUACGGCUAUAGCCGCCAUCGCGUUUGAGAUCGCAUACAAUAGGAUAUCGGAAUGGGCCUGGGCCCUGAGCUACCGCGAGCUCUUCCCUAUACGCACCUAUGACCAACAGGAGGAGAUAGAGAGGAAGGUGGUGGUCCAACACUGCAUCUCGAACGCCUUUAAGUUCCGUAACCUCAGUGUGAAAGUGUGGGAGGAAGAUGUCCGUCUCUUUAUCAACAUCACUCAUGAACAAGACCACAAACGCAUUCGAGAUUGGCUUAAGAGUGCUAACGACGACGAGAUAGAGGAGGAUAAUGAGGAGGAUGAUCUUGAGGCUUUACUUGAGCUAUUCGAAAACGAAUCUGAGACAGUUAGCGUCUCAAACUUCGAUGAGAUUAAUAACGACUACUAUCUCUCUUAA